AUGUCGUCUUCCGUGUACUUCAAGUUCAAGUCUCAGAAAGAGCCAACACGAGUGGAGUUCGACGGCACGGGCAUCUCGGUGUUCGAGCUGAAGCGUGACAUUAUCAUCAAGAGCGGCCUCGGCGAUGGCACCGACUUUGACCUGGCGAUAUAUACCGAAGAUGGAAAAGAAGAAUACGACGAUGACACAACCAUCAUCCCGCGGUCGACGACCGUUGUGGCACGGCGGUUACCGCCGAUGAAACCAGGCGCCGGCCGGGCAGCUCGCUAUGUGUCGGGCAAGAUGCCAGUGAACGCGAAGAAUGCGUCCCGGCGCGAGCAGACGGCCAAGGCCGCGGCCAAGAGCACGUCGAAUGCGCUUGAGCAGAUGAACAACGCCAUGACAGAAGACGAGAAGCUGGCCGCCAUGUUUGCGGCGCAGUCGGAGCAGUGGAACGCACAGCAAGAGGAGAUGUCACAUCAAACACCCAUAUUCAAGCCAGGCAGCCGGCGGCCGGCCAAUGUGCCCGACCACGAACCACCCAAUGGCUACAUCUGCUACCGGUGCGGCGAAAAGGGCCACUGGAUCCAGCUAUGCCCAACCAAUGACAACCCCGAGUUCGACAACCGGCCACGUGUCAAGCGGACGACGGGCAUACCACGGUCGUUCCUCAAGACGGUGGACAAGGCGGCUGUGCUGGCCCAAGCCGCGGACGACGACACCAAGGCGCCAUCGGGCAUCAUGGUCAAUGCGGACGGCGACUUUGUGAUUGCCGAGCCCGACAAGGCGUCGUGGGAGAAGUUCCAGGCCAAGACUAAGUCGGGUGCAGCGGCGCAGGAGGUGGCGGCGCUCGGCGACAAGGAGUUGCAGGAUCGGGGGCUGGAGUGCCCGAUCGACAAAAAGAUGUUCAUAGACCCAAUGAAGACCCCUUGCUGUGAGAAGACGUACUGCAACGACUGCAUUACCAAUGCGCUGAUUGAGAGCGACUUCGUCUGCCCCGGGUGCCAGUCGGAGGGUAUUCUGAUCGACGACCUCAAGGCGGACGAGGAGGCCGAGCAGAGGAUCCAAGCCUACCAGAAGGACAAGGACGCCAGCCAGAGGAAGGCGACGGCCGGGGAGGACCCCAAAAAGGACCCGGGCGCAGCAACAGAGUCGACAGCAACAGCAACGACCAAAACAACGCCAUCACUAAAUCCUGAAGGCGCGGCGACCGCGACUGCGGAGAAAGCAGGCAGCAAAUCGCCAAUCGCGGCAUCCGCAUCAGCGACCACACAACAAACCACCGAUGUUACCCAGAAGGAGGGCGAAUCAACCGAGGAAACGGCUGGCGAAGUCAACAAUAAGAAGCGGCCAGCCGAGGAGGAAGCCGUGAACCCCAAGGUUCCCAAAGCGCCCAAGGCCAUGCAACAACAGCAACAACAAGAACAGCAGCAGCAGCAGCACAACACCCAAAUGAUGGGUAACUUCAUGAAUGGCAUGGGCGACAUGAACGCGAUGGGCAUGGGAAUGCCCGGAAUGAACGGUAUUCCGGGCAUGAACAUGAACAACAUGAACAUGGGCAACAUGGGCAUGAUGCCGUUUGGCGGGAUGCCGAUGAUGAACUAUGGCAUGGGCGGCAACAUGGGAAACAUGGGAAACAUGGGAAACAUGGGCAACAUGAACAUGAUGAACCCAAUGAUGGGCAUGAACGGGAUGAGUGGGAUAAACAUGAUGAACGGGUAUGGCGGUGGCUACAACAACAACGGCGGCGGCGGUUACAAUCGGGGCAACAACUAUCAACAUAACCAGGGCUGGAACAACGGCAACCGAGGUGGUUAUAGCAAUGGUGGUUACAAUAACCGAUACAACAACUACCAGAACCAGAAUCAGGGCCAGGGCCAGGGCUACAACAACUACAACAAUAAUAUCAACGGCAACGGCAACGGCAUAGGCAUAGGCAUGAAUGGCAAUGGAAACAACCAGGCCAACAUGCAGUUGGGCAAUGGCGAUGGGAAUAUGGCCGGCAACAAGAAUGGCGGUACCGAGGACGAUGCCUACUUCAGAAAGCCCGUCAACCCGACACGUCACUUCAACAAGCCGAAGCGCGUGCGCCCGAGCGACUACCGUGAGCUGUGA